UCUUGUAGACUGGCUCAGAACAGUGACUAGUCCAGCAACACAACAACGUCCUAAACCCUCCUAACUACCUCAAGCAAAGGAAAACAGAAGCCAGCUCACUCAAGAACAACCUGGUUUCCAAUCCUGCCGCCCAGUCUCACCUUUACGUGGAGCUGUCGUUGGCUUUUGCUUUGGAAAAGCGAAGGUUUACCUCGUGUGAAAGUUAUUUCUUUGUGAAACAUGAGGCUGGUAGAGAGGACACUAUGCCUUGGAGCACUAAGGAUCACCAGCAAUCUUGCUUGCUCAAAAGAGUCUGUGUUCACACAGUCUGUCAGCGGACAGACCAUCGUUCUUCUCCUGUUUACAGACGUCUGUGUCACAGGUUACCUCUUCAUCUGCUGGUUUGCAGAUCUGCAACUUCCAAAUGGCCAGGAGGUGAUCUCACUGCGAUUCACCGCCUUUCUCAACGAGACUUACAACGCUGUCACCCUCCUGAUCCUGGCUCUGAUUGUCGCAGAGACUCACUUCAGCGCCAGACCCCAGCGAAUGCCAGCCUCAGCCAAGUGUCAGGUCCUCACCCACCCAGCUCCUGCCAACCACCUGCUGCCGCGAGUGAAUGGCGUCUACGUACUGCUCUGCUGGACCAUUGCUGCCUCUUACGGAGCCCGCUAUUAUCCGGACAACGUCCGCAUCGCCCACCAGUGUACAGGAGGCCACCCCCUCGGCCGCUUCCGAUGCCUGCGCAGCUUCCACCUGCCAGAUCCCUUCCUCGCACUCGUCCAGUUACUGGUUGUGACCAGUUACAUCUUUUGCCGAGGUCUGUGCACAGAUGGCUCCGAGGCAAGGCACCCAGUUCCCCUGACAACUGUGUCUUCGGGGCCGCCGUUAUCGGGAGACGCAUCGUGUCUUCUGCUAAAGGGCAGCCACCUACAAACAACGUGCUCACCUCAGAGUCCAGCAACACAGCCAGGCUACCUGCUCACUGGGCUAGUUGCCACACUAAUGCUCCUCCCGGGUCUACCAUACCUCGGACUGACUUCUCCUUUAAUCAGCUGCUUUGAACACCUCAGCCAGCACUUCUUCGCACAACUGUCUAAAUGCUCCCAAUAUGGUAUGGAGCCCAUGCAGCCUGGUCCAUACAGACUGAUUCGCCUGCUACUGCAUACCAGUCAAAGAAAAGGCCGCAAACUGUUGGAGAACACUGGCAGACGAGAAGAGGAAAUCUCCCUUCCUGUUUCAUCUGACAGCAAAUAAUUGGGAACAAAAAAAAAACCCCCACCCAGCUCUCUUCACAAUAUGAAGGCAAAAUCUGACACUGAGACACGAGAAAUUAGGGUGGGUGACCUUGGUCAAAGAGGUAGGUUUUAAGGAGCAUCCGAAAGGAAAAAAAGAGGCACAGAUGCUUUGGGAGAGAAUUAAAACAUAAGAAAUAGGAACAGGAGUAGAACAUUCGGCCCCUCGAGCCUGCUCCGUCAUUCAAUAAGAUUGUGGCUGAUCUGUUUGUGUUUCGAUUUCCACAUUCCCGUCUACCCCGCCUAACCUUUGAUUCCCUUGCCUCACAAGAAUCUCUCUACCUCCGCCUUAAAAUAUCCAAUGACCCCCCCAUCCCGUCUCCACCGCGUUCGGAGGCAGAGAGUUCCAAAGUCGCUCGAUCCUCGGAGAGAAAAAAUUUCUCCUCAUCUCUGUCCUAAAAGGGCGACCCCUAAUUUUAAACAGUGCCCCCCACUAGUUCUGGACUCA